AUGUCUGAUCUGGCUAACAACAUGGAAAAUUUAAGUGUUAAUGACAAGAGCGGUUCUGGAAACCAGACUGCUAGCUCAUAUGUUCCCCCACACAUGCGUGGAAAGAGAGGUGGCAGCCGCGGCGGAUCGACUUUUGCCAACAGCGACAGAGACAGUGGCUCGUACUCUUAUUUCAGCGGUGGUGGCAGAGGUCGCGGCGGCAGCAGAAACGGCUCGUCUUCGUUUUUCGGAGGCAGAGGUGGCUCGAGCGGCGGAUUCGGCGGCAGAGGCGGCGUACCUCGUGGCGUGGGUCGCUGGGUAGGUGGCAAGCACGUUCCAUCGGAAGUCGAUGAGGCUUUGGAGCUCCAACUCUUCGGUACCGCCGAGGAUUCGAGCUUCCAGUCCUCCGGUAUCAACUUUGAUCACUAUGAUGACAUUCCAGUCGAGGCUUCUGGUAACGACGUUCCAGACCCAAUCACAGAGUUCACUUCACCUCCACUCGACAGCUUACUGCUCGAGAAUAUUAUCAAGGCUCGUUUCAUCAAGCCAACACCCGUGCAGAAAUACUCCGUGCCUAUCAUCGCUGCCAAGCGUGAUUUGAUGGCGUGUGCUCAAACUGGUUCCGGUAAGACUGGUGGGUUUUUGUUCCCAGUUUUGUCCGAAUCUUUUGCUAACGGUCCUGCCGAAGUUCCUGAACAAAUGGCUAACUCAUACAUCAAGAAGGCGUUCCCAACCGCCGUUGUUUUGGCUCCUACCAGAGAAUUGGCUACUCAAAUUUACGAUGAAGCCAAGAAGUUCACCUACAGAUCCUGGGUUAGACCGGGUGUUGUGUACGGUGGUGCCGACAUUGGUGGUCAAAUCAAAGAGCUGAACCGCGGUUGCGACUUGUUGGUUGCCACUCCCGGUCGUCUUUCGGACUUGCUAGAACGUGGUAGAAUUUCGUUGUGCAACAUCAAAUACUUGGUUUUGGAUGAAGCCGAUAGAAUGUUGGAUAUGGGUUUCGAACCUCAAAUCAGACACAUCGUCGAUGGUUGUGAUAUGCCAUCCGUGGAGAACAGACAAACCCUUAUGUUUUCCGCCACUUUCCCUAUGGACAUUCAACAUUUGGCCCGUGAUUUCUUGAAGGAUUACGUGUUUUUGUCCGUUGGUAGAGUGGGUUCCACUUCCGAAAACAUUACUCAAAAUGUCUUAUACGUUGAAGAUGGUGACAAGAGAUCUGCACUAUUAGAUUUGUUAGCCGCUUCUGAAGAUGGUUUGACUUUGAUUUUCGUCGAGACCAAGAGAAUGGCCGAUGCUUUGACCGAUUUCUUGAUCAUGCAAGAUUUGAGUGCCACUGCCAUUCACGGUGACCGUUCUCAAAGUGAGCGUGAACGUGCUUUGGCUGCUUUCAGAUCCGGAAGAGCUUCUCUAUUGGUCGCCACUGCUGUUGCCGCUAGAGGUUUGGAUAUUCCAAAUGUUAUUCACGUUAUCAACUACGAUCUUCCAAGCGAUAUCGAUGAUUAUGUUCACAGAAUUGGUAGAACUGGUCGUGCCGGUAACACCGGUGUUGCCACUGCUUUCUUCAACAGAGGUAACAAGAAUCUUGCCAAGGAAAUGAUCGAAUUGUUGACCGAAGCUAAGCAAGACGUUCCUGACUUCUUGGAACAACUUUCCAGAGAAAACUUUGGUGGUGGUGGUGGCAGAGGUGGCAGAGGUGGCUUCUCUAGCAACCGUAACAGCAGCACCAGAGAUUACCGCCGUGUUGGUGGUGGUCCAGGUGCUCCUCCUGGUGCUAGCAGAGGUGGUAGCUCCAUGGGUGGCGGCAGAGGCGGCGGCUCUUGGGGCUCUUCCUGGGGCAACUCUGGCAGUUCUUGGGGAAAUACCGGUAGCACUGGUAACUCCUCUGCCAGCAACUCUUGGUGGUAA